AUGCCACCUAACGAUCGUGAGGAUGAAAUUGAGGACUCAUUAAUAACUCAAUUUGAGACUACCCUUAGUAUUCGGCCAUCGAACGAAGUGAAUGAAGCUGAGGAUAUCACGAUAGACCAGAGUACAGUUUAUGGCAAACUCGACUCCGAUGAACAAAAAUCCGAUCAACAGAUUUCGAGAAGCAAAUCCAUUGAGGAAGCCGAAAUUAUAGAUAUUGUCCAAAAGCAUGAGAACGAUGUUCAAAGCAACAAAGCUGUGUUGCGAGAGUCCAAGGAAACGGAAACAGUAGAGGGUUUGAUGAGAAGGGAACUCUUAAAAAGCUACCCGGGCAUGGCAGCUAUGCUUGAGCCAUCACCACUCAUUGACCUAAAAUUGAGCAAAUUUGAGAGAACUUUUGCAGAAUUUAUGAAUGCCAAUCCUCAAAUUAAUCAACAGAGCCCAAGAUUUCUGAACGAGGCCGAUAAAACUUUGAUUCUUCUUUCACCAUAUUCUACGGAACAUGCAUUUGGUCGUUCUUGGGUUCUGAGGUCAUACCUUGCGACAAUUUUUGAGAGACCACAACGAUUACUUGCAUCUUGCAUUGGUGUUACUGCAGCACUUUCCAUGUAUCCUUUUUUUUAUUCCAUAAGAAAUUCUGAAAGAAAAGGCUCUAUUUUCGCAAAGCAUGUAAGAGUUGUCCAUGGCAAACUGUGGCCGAAGACUUUGUUCGAUAUGUGUUUAAAAUCUCAUGAAAAGCUUAUAAGAAAAGAAAUCGAGGUUCCCCCUGAGUGGAAUCCGGGUGACAUUUAUUUAACCCCUAAAAGUAUCACCGCCUUAGAGGGUGUUAUCGGAACAAUAGAAACAGCAAUUGACUCAAUUUUUGGUAAUGGUAUUGAUACAGAGAGACAUAAUUUAGCAUUUGCGGUCCUUCGCCCACCUGGCCAUCAUUCUCAUGCGUGCCUCCCCAGUGGUUUCUGUGUACUUAACAACGCUCAAAUUGGCGCUGAGUAUGCCUUUCAGAGGUAUAGUGUAACUCAUGUUGCUAUACUUGAUAUAGAUCUUCACCACGGCGACGGCACCCAGGAUAUAUGCUGGGAGCGAGGUGGAUUUCAAGGGGACUUUGGUAAAAAUGAAAAGGACGAGGAACUCAAUCCAACAAGAGACGAAAACGGGAAAUGCAAGCCAUCGCUUCCUAAAGUCGGUUACUUCUCUUUGCAUGACAUUAAAUCUUACCCAACUGAGCUUGGCUUUGCAUCCAAAGAAAAUAUCAAAAAUGCCUCAAUGUGCGUAAUGGAUCACGACAUCAAUAUUUGGAAUGUUCAUCUACAAGAGUGGCUGUCUGAAGAAGAAUUUUACAAGCAUUAUCAAACGAAGUAUGUGGCAAUUUUAAAUCGAGCGAAUCAGUUUCUCAACCAAGCCAGAAGGCAGUACGAGCAGGAUUCUGCAAAUUAUAUCUCAGAGGUCGCCAAAUACAACAAGUAUAUGAAAAAGCCAAGUCAAUUCAAAACUCCUGUGUCAAAACCAACACCAUUGACGCCCUUCAAACCUCUUAUAAUUAUAUCUGCUGGGCUCGACGCCUCAGAAUAUGAGGAUCCUCAAAUGCAGAGACAUGGUAUAAAUGUACCGACAUCCUUUUAUGCUAGAUUCACUAAGGAUGUUGUCAAAUUGGCUAAAAUUCAUACAGAAGGCAAGGUAGUAUCAUUUUUGGAAGGAGGGUAUUCUGAUGCUGCAUUGAUCUCUGGGGUGUUUUCUCACCUUAUUGGCUUGACUAAUAACCCAGAACAGGUCGGUGAUGACCCUGUACUUUGGAAUGCAACUUGGGGAAAUGAUCAUGUGGUGAAGGAACUCACAAAAGGUUGCAAACGUGGUUGGAUUCCGUACAAAAACCCAAGAACGGAAGUCACUAUCUGGGCAAAUGAGGUAAUUAAGUUGGGCAGGCUGCUUAUGCCGAAUUCAAUCUUACCAGCUAACUACAUGUACAAUCAAGCCACGGACAACUCAGAUGAUGGCUUGCCUGUAGAGUAUUAUAGCAGAAUGCUUCGUGACAUCUAUGAUGAAAAACCCUCAGUUGAUAUUUGUUACAACAAGGAUGUGAAAGGCGGGCGUAUUUUGCGAAACAACAGACAUCAAGCCAAGCGAUGA